AUGCUUUCAACAGGCCCAACAAGUGCCGACACUACGGUUCCAGUAGGGUCAUGGUGGUCGCGUGCGAGACGAUCGCAUUUGGGUGUAGCCGCCGUAGUGGCCUUAACCUUGUUUACUGAUAUGUUGACAUAUGGCGCGGUGCUUCCGGUCCUACCGACUCUGAUUAUCAAGAAACUGAAAGGCGACUCCUCGAUGGUUGGAUUCCUGUUUGGCUGCUACGCAUUUGGCCUUUUAGUGGCUACACCCGUGUUUGCAAUUCUGUCCGACAAAUACCAGAAUCGUCGAUUGCCGAUGAUGGCAGGUUGCCUUGGAUUGAUGGCGUCAACAUUGUCGUUUGCUGCUGCCGAAACUUACCCUCUGUUAGUGGUGGCACGUGUCGCACAAGGUGUUGCAGGAGGAGCUUCAUGGACAAUCGGCUUGGGACUGCUGGCAGAUGUAUUCCCAACCAAACGUCUUGGGGUAGUCAUGGGCACAGUGCUUACAGCACACACAGUCGGAUUUGCGAUUGGUCCAGCCAUGGGUGGCUUCUUGUACGAGUACGGAGGGUACUCUGCACCCUUUCUUUGCUGUGCCGCAUUUGCUCUCCUGAAUUUCUUUGCCAUUGUAUGGAUCGCAGAGCCGCCGCACGACAAACAUACCAAGAAACCUACCCAAAAAUAUACCCAACCUGAUGACGAUGAUGCCAAACAAGCACCUAUUACGAUCUGGAGCUUAUGCAAGAAUUGGCGCAUCUUGUGCUGUGUCCUGUGCACGACUGUAAGCUCUUCUGUGUUUUCCGGUAUCGAGCCAGCCUUACCCAUUCAUUUGGAGAAAACGUAUGAUGCAUCUGCAUCGACUGUUGGAUUGGUUUUCGUGGCUAUGGUUGUUCCAGCGUUCCUUGCACCAUUGAUUGGUCACUUGUCUGAUCGAAUCGGCCGCUAUGUCAUUUCAGCCACGGGUAUGCUUGUGAUGGCCGUGGCAUCUCCACUGGUUGCCGUACAUUAUCCCACGGUGUACAUGAUCAUUCCCGCAUUAAUGGUGUUUGGCUUUUCCAGCCCUCUCACACUGACACCCAUAUUGCCAGAGAUGGGCGAAGUAGUCGAUGAAUUGGGCGGAUCCGCAUAUGCGCAGGUUUAUGCAUUGUAUAACAUGGCCUAUUCAGCAGGCAUGUUCUUUGGCCCCAACUGUGCUGGACUCAUCAUGACCUAUGCCGGCUUUGAGGCGCUCAUGAUUACAUUUGGUGUUGUGCUUGUUGUUUGCAGUCCCAUCAUGAUGGAUUGGAAGGCAGUCUGGCGCAGGCUUGUGGGCGGUCGUGGUUGUUAA